AUGUCUAGAAUGACAAUGCAAAAAAUCCUUAAUCGUACCAAAGGCGGAGAAUCCACAUACCCCUGGGAUUUAGAAAAGAACUAUACCAUUUCUAGUGUUCUCGGUCAAGGUUCUUUUGCUGUGGUUCGAAAAUGUACCGAUAAGCGAACCAAUGUUGAUUAUGCACUAAAGAUAAUUUCAAAAGAUGUUAUUAAAGGAAAAGAACAAAUGUUAACUACAGAACUAGAUGUUCUGAAACAGGUCAACCAUCCACAUUUAGUAACCCUACAUGAGUUAGUUGAAACCAAAGAUAAUGUAUAUAUUAUCACCGACCUUGCUAGCGGUGGUGAAUUGUAUAGUCAACUUGAGCAAAGAGGAAAUUAUACAGAAAAAGAUGCUGCUCACCUUGUAGAGCAAGUGCUCAAAGGUGUUAUUUACCUACAUGAUCACGAUAUUGUUCAUAGAGAUUUGAAACCGGAAAAUCUUUUGUUCAGCGAUGCAACAUCUCCAAAUCCCAAAUUAAUGAUUACUGACUUUGGCCUUUCGAAAAUCCUAAAACAUCACGACGAUAUAUUAAUGACUGCGUGCGGUACACCGGGCUACGUUGCACCUGAGGUUUUAAGCCAAAAAGGUUAUUCGAAACCGUGUGAUAUUUGGUCAAUUGGUGUCAUUCUUUACACUGUUCUUUGUGGAUAUACUCCAUUUUGGGGUCAUGAUCAAGCUGCCUUAUUUAAUUGUAUUUUGAAAGGACAAUAUGAAUUCGAUGAAGAUUACUGGAAUCAUAUAAGUAAUGAAGCCAAGGAUUUAAUUAACAAGAUGUUAACUUAUAAUCCGGAUGAACGAAUAACAGCCCAUGAUGCUUUAAAACAUCCUUGGUUUGAAUACGCUGCUAAAUUGAAUAUUGAUAGUAACCAUCACACACGCUCGGAAACCGUUUCUUAUCCUCGUGCCUCAUUAAAGAAAGCCAUUCACGUUAUUCAAGGUGUAACUAAAAUGCGGAGAAUAAGUAAAACUCUUGUGAAUAAGUACCAUAAUAGGUUUGAUGAUUAUACAAAUGGUGUUGGAUACGCGACAAGUACUAUCAUUGAAGAAAAUCCUAGUGUUUCUUCUCAACCAAUAGGAAGUUCUGGCUUAUUGGGAAACGAUCUUCCUGUGGCUAGUUCCAACACUAAACCUAUUUCUAAGUUGUCAAUAACGAAUCAAAAUCAAUCUACUGAGUUUUAUAUACAUAGCAACAAAUCUGAUUUAGAUAUUGGACACUUAACUACUAAUAACUCCGUAUCAUCUUCACGUCCAUUUUCCAUUUCCCCUACUAGUCCUACUGCAAGCAAUUCUAGCAAACAUGCUAUAAUAGUAUGA